CGGCCAAUCAGGAAGCGCCCUGUUGGCCGAGCCGGGUUGCAUGCCACUGAGAGCAAGAUGGCGGCGCUCUGGAAGCAGGAGGGGAGCUUGGCGGGGGCUGGUGCGCGGCUGUUGCUAGCCGCGUUGCUCUGCUGGGGCAGCCGCCUGCUCCCCACCACAGACGCCACCGGCCAGGCGGGAGGAGCCGCCGCCACUGCGCCCCACCGGCGGUUCGAGUACAAAUACAGUUUCAAGGGGCCGCACUUGGUGCAGGGGGACGGGUCGGUGCCUUUCUGGGUGCACACGGGCAAUGCGAUACCCAGUGCGGAUCAGAUAAGAAUAACUCCAUCACUAAAAAGCCAGAGGGGAUCAGUAUGGACAAAAAGCAAAUCUAUAUUUGAAUACUGGGAGAUUGAAGUGACCUUUCGAGUGACUGGGAGAGGACGUGUAGGAGCUGAUGGACUGGCAGUUUGGUUUACAGAAGUGCAAGGCUUAGAUGGUCCUGUGUUUGGAGCAGCUGAUAACUGGAAUGGCAUUGGCAUCUUCUUUGACUCUUUUGACAACGAUGCAAAGAAAAACAACCCAGCAGUGAUCAUUGUUGGCAACAAUGGCAAACUCAAUUAUGACCAUCAAAAUGAUGGUUCCACGCAAGCACUGGCAUCAUGUCAAAGAGAUUUUCGUAACAAGCCUUAUCCUGUCCGAGCAAAGAUCAUAUACUACCAAAAGAUACUGACUGUAUUGAUAAACAAUGGAUUUACUCCAGACAGAGAAGACUAUGAAUUUUGUGCCAAAGUGGAAAACAUGGUGCUUCCUUCUCAGGGAUACUUUGGAAUCUCUGCAGCAACGGGUGGUCUUGCAGAUGACCAUGAUGUCUUGUCUUUCCUGACUUUCCAGUUGACAGAGCCUGGCAAAGUAGUGCCUCCCCCUGAUACAGAAAUUCCUGAAAAGGACAAAGAGAAAUAUCAAGAAGAGUUUGAGCACUUCCAGCAAGAGCUGCAUAAGAAAAAGGAGGAGUUCCAGAAGGAGCAUCCUGACGUGCAAGGGCAGCCAACGGAGGAUUUCUUCGAAACAGUGAGUGAUCGUGAGCUGAGACAAGUCUUUGAAGGCCAAAACCGAAUUCAUCUUGAAAUAAAGCAGCUCAACAGACAGUUGGACAUGAUCCUGGAUGAGCAGAGAAGAUACGUCUCUGCUGUGACAGAGGAGAUUUCCAAAAGGGGGGGUAGUGUCCCAGGCCAGCAAGGACAGAUCUCCCAACAAGGACUGGACACAGUUGUGAAAACUCAAGAGGAGGUCCUGAGACAAGUCAGCGAAAUGAGAAACUCCAUGGGAGAAACACUGAGGCUAGUCAGCGGCAUGCAGCAUGGCGGCUCUGCUGGUGGCGUCUAUGAAACAACCCAGCAUUUCAAUGACAUCAAGGAGCACCUCCAUGUCGUAAAGCGGGAUAUUGAACACUUAGUCCAGAGGAACCUGCCUAAUGAAAAAUCCAAAUGUCCAGAGCUGCCACAGUUUCCAUCUUGUUUAUCUACAGCACACUUCUUUAUGUUUGUAGCAGUCCAAACAGUACUUUUCAUUGGCUACAUCAUGUAUAGGACUCAGCAAGAAGCAGCAGCUAAGAAGUUCUUUUGAUGGCCAGUCUAUGAUGGACGUGUGCAUUUCGUACGCAUGCACAGAGCAUUACACUAGUUGUGGAUGAGGGGAAACAUUAGUGUUUAAAAUGCUUCAAUAUUUUUAAAUUACUGGGUUUUUGCUGAGUACACUGAAUUCCAAAUUAUAAAAUUGACAGUAAUACUGAUACAGAAAUGAGGCAAGUUUUGCCCUUGAGUUUCCAGGAGAAGCUGGAGUAUGCCCCAUGUCCUACUGUCAAGAUAUUUCCCAAGUAGAAGACCUGCACAGAAAGGUCAUUGAUUGUGUUUGUCUUAAUUUAAAGACUGGAGUGGGUGGGUAGAAAAUCUUGCAGUAAAAUAUCCAUUGCAUAUCAGUUUAUUUGCGGGAGGAAAGCUCCUAAAACUGUGUGCCCUUCUGUUUUAUGGAAUGAGGCUGUAAAAAAAAUCUCCUACAUCCUUUGGGCAGUGUCAAUCUAGCAGCAACAUUAUGUAUUGCAAGUGCAUCUUCAGAAAACUUGUAGAAAACUUGUUUCAGCAAAAGGCGUUUGAUGAAGUCUCUACAACAAAAACUUCACUGACCAACACUUGAUGGGAUUUUCUUCUCUGGAGACAACAGGAGAAAACAAGUUCUGUGGAAAACUGUAGCCUUUUUCAAGCAUGUUUUGGUAUAGUUCUUUGUACUUUUGACACUGACCAUACUUUUGUAAAAGUUCUUUAAUCUCUCUUCAGCGAAGAGAUCUUAGCUUGCAUGACUUUACCCUUCAUCUGAUAAGACCAUACAUCACAGGGAUGUUCUUGUUUUGUUGCUAACUGUGCAAAUGUUGCUAUGAACCCUCCUGAGUGACAGAGCUGCCUCCAAAACAUUGUAUGUGUUCAGCUAGGAGCAUUGUAUGAAUGCACUGACAGCGUUCUUACAGGUUGCUCUAUUAAUCCUCAAACUUGUCCUGAAUCAGUAUUGCAUCUAAUCCACUGAAGUAUUGUAUGUGCAUCUCAGCCUUAUCAUGUAAACAGUGUGUCCUGGAGAAAAAUGAAAGAUUCCCAAACUUAAAAUGUGAAUGUACUCUGCCUUGUUUACAUCUCGCAGAUUGUCCUUGUGAUUUUCAAAUGCUGAUGAAACGAUAACUAAGCCUGCAACGUUCUUAAAUUGGAGUUCAGAAAUUAUAGAAUGCCUCUAAAUGGAAAGGGUAUCAAAAGGCCAUGGUCGUCUACCACAUUCAGUAUUACAUAUUUAGAAGGCAUUGUCCCUGACAACUUUAAAGCACAAAUCUAUGCAAUAUUAAUCUGCUUCUCAAAUAUAAUUGUCUCCUUUCUCUAGUAACAUUAUGUGCAAGAUUGUUGAUGGUGACAGUUUCUCAAUUCAUGGUCUUAUUUACAGCUGUUGGAACAACAUACUGAUUGAAAUUAACAUGUUAACAAUUCACAAAUGAGGACAAGUGAACUGUCGGCAUCCCUUUUAGCAGCCCAGAUAAUAUAAAAACAGCCAUUAGCCCACUGUUUCACACCAGCAAGUAUUUUUACAGGUGCCUUGGACUAAAUGAUUUAAAAUAGCUAGCGUUGUGUCAAUAACUUGUUGCUCAAAGGGUUGUUCAUGUUUAAAGGUUUUCGCCCUUUACUUGCCGCCACCACCACCAGCACCAAAGAGGAAGCCAGUUCUGUGGCAGAAAGAGACUUUCUAAUGCUUUUUGUGCUGAAAGGACUGAUUCUACUGGGAUGUUUCUCUUUGUAAUAUACUUGGGGAAACGAGAAUUGUCAUGUAGACAUCUACAUUUUUAUUUCUACAUAAUGUGAAUCUUCCCUGCUGUAACACGUUCAAUUUGAGAAUUAAAAUAUUGAAGCAA